AACGCAGCCUGGUGGUGGCGGAAAAAAAAAAAAAAAGCAAAGCAAAGCCUCGUACUGAAAGCGAUCGCCUUCAUUGCAGUGGAGGAGUUUCCGUGUUGAUGUUUAGGAGACUUAUAUAAAGAAGAAAAAUGAGACUUAGGUCUCAGAAAACCGUUACCGGUUGCUCGGAGACGCCGAGGAUCAACCGCCGGCGGUCCAACAAACCGACGCCGAAACGAACGCGCCUAUCUGGGACCGAAAGCCCGCUUCAGAGCACGCGUGAAGAGACCGUGGGUGAUGACCUCCACCAGUCAGACGACGAAAUACCCACACUGACGAGGCGACCACUGCCCCGUGGCCGGCUAAGGAAGAGAGCCAUCGCUGUUGAUGACAGAGAAGCAGAUUUGGCCUUCAAGACUCCGAUCAGGCCCAUCAUGCAACAUGAGCGCAUACUGUCAGAGAUCGACCCGGUGACGCCUCGAAACGCGACAGCCAGAAACAUUUACUCGCCCAUUGUGCGUUUCCUCACACCCAGCAAAGAGAAUGUGAAGUGUGCUGGAACCAAAGUGUUGAUGAGCCCAGAACAAGGUGUGUUUGGGUACGGCUCCAUUGACCUUCUGGCUGGAGAUGAGGAGGAGGAAGUCUUUGAUCCCUUUCGGUUCAUCAAGAACAUACCGUCACAGUCUCAGCAUUCCCGACCUCAGCUCAGAGAUAUUCCCCCCAAGACCAGGAGCACUCCAGAGGCCACGCUGGUGGUCGACCUGGAGGAGACCCUGAUGUUCAGCUCUCUGAAUGUGAUCGAUGAAGCAGAGUACACCUUCUACACGGCUUUCCAGGACAAUCAGUACAAGGUGUACAUGAUCCUACGACCGCACGUCAAAGAGUUUCUGGAGUCCAUGUCAAAGAUGUAUGAGCUCUUUGUUUACACGUGUGCAAAGAAGGAAUACGCUGAGAAGAUACUGAACAUCCUGGACCCGCAGAGAAAACUGUUUCGACAUCGUCUGUAUCAGGACGACUGUGCCUGCGUCCUCGGACACUACAUCAAAGAUCUCAACAUUCUCGGGAGGGAUCUCGCAAAGACAGUCGUUCUGGACAACGCGCCGCACACAUACCCGUACCAUCUGAUGAACACGAUUCCCAUCAAGAGUUGGUCGGGGGAGUCAGCGGACAGAGAACUCCAGAAGCUCGUCCCCUCCAUGGAGAAACUGUCUGCAGCCGAGGAUUUUCGGGAGGUGCUGAAGAAGAGGAAGGAUCACUUCCACAGGCUGCUGUCGGAGGACUAACAGGACCCCCCCCCCCCCCACCUCCCUCACUUUAACUCCUUUAUGUGACUUUCACAGCUCUUGUUUGCUUUCUUUAUGCUUUGGCUAAAAGCAGUAUCCAGUUGGAACCUAAAGCCUGCUGGUUUGUGGCGGACCUGCUCGUCCCUCCUCUGUCCUCCCUGAUUACUUUAAAGGACGGCUGAUCGGUAUUUCAAACAUGCUGCUGAUCGUUCAUCUCCCCCCCCCAACUACCACCACCGUCUUCUCCCAGACUCAUUCAACAAGGCAAUAAACUGCUACCCAGUGUAUGUGUAUAUUUACAAGAUAAAACUUCAACUAUUUUGUUUAUAGUGUUGAUGUUUUUUAUUUAUUGAUUAUAUUGCUAAUCAAUGUCUGUUAUCUCUGUAUAUUUUAGAUAUGCUUUUUUAAUGCAAAGAAAUGACCCUAAUAAUAAACGGGACAAUAAACCA